UAGUUAAUGAGAAAUCCCGGAGGUAGAGGAAGGUCAUUGGCUUUAAGCCAGAGAGUUUCCUGAUCCCAUAGUUCCAUUUUGUCACCCAGAGCAGAAGAGGGGGGAAUCAUCCAGGACUCCCCACAACUCUAAGAAAGAAAACAUAAACAGAGCAAUGUCAAAAUUAGUGGAGUGUGUCCCCAAUUUUUCUGAAGGCAACAACAAAGAGGUGAUUGAUGAGAUUGCCAAGGCCAUCUCUCAGACCGAGGGCUGCAUGCUCCUGGAUGUGGAUGCAGGCCCUUCCACCAAUCGGACCGUUUACACCUUCGUAGGAAGUCCUGAAGAUAUAAUUGAAGGUGCACUGAAUGCGGCCAGAACAGCUUUUCAACAUAUCGACAUGGCAAAACAUAAAGGUGAACAUCCUCGGAUGGGAGCCCUGGAUGUUUGCCCCUUCAUCCCAGUGAGGAAUGUUACUAUGGAAGAAUGUGUCCAGUGCGCCAAUCUGUUUGGGAAGCGUUUAGCAGGUGAACUGCAUGUGCCAGUGUAUCUCUAUGGCAAAGCAGCUCUGAAGGAAAGCAGAAUAUCCUUGCCAGCCAUUCGAGCAGGAGAAUAUGAAGCCCUCCCUGAGAAACUAAAAAACCCAGAAUGGGCUCCUGAUUUUGGCUCUGCAACCUUUGUUCCAAGAUGGGGAGCCACAGCAACAGGCGCACGGACAUUCCUCAUAGCCUACAACAUCAAUUUGCUGUGUACAAAGGAGCUGGCACACCGGAUAGCACUGAACAUUCGGGAGCAAGGCCGCGGAAAGGACCAGCCUGGGCGAUUGAAGCAGGUGCAAGGCAUGGGCUGGUACUUGGACGAGGAGAAUAUUGCUCAGGUUUCUGCAAAUUUGCUGGACUUUGAGACCACGCCACUGCACACCGUCUAUGAGGAGGUCUGCAAGGAUGCCCAGGAUCUCAAUCUGCCAGUGGUGGGAUCUCAGCUGGUGGGUCUGGUCCCCAAAAAGGCCAUGCUGGAUGCAGCAGAAUAUUAUAUUAACAAAGAAAAUCUAUUCAUCCUUGAGGAGGAACAUAAAAUCAGACUGGUAAUCAACCGACUGGGGCUGGACUCUUUGUCUCCUUUCAAUCCCAAGGAGCGCAUCAUUGAGGAUAUGGUGCAGGAUGGCAAAGAGAGCGGCUGCCUGAUAUCCUUGCCUCUUCACACUUUUGUGCAGAAAGUUGGUGCCAGGUCAGCUGCUCCUGGAGGAGGAUCCGUAGCAGCAGCAAUGUCUUCUUUGGGGGCAGCACUGGGCUGCAUGGUGGGGCUGAUGACCUAUGGGAAGCGUCAGUUUGAGGAUCUGGACCCAGUCAUGAGGCGGCUGAUUCCUCCAUUCCAUCAGGCCAUGAAGGAGCUGCUCGUCCUGGUGGACACAGACUCUCUGGCUUUCAGCAGCUACAUGGCUGCUAUGAAGCUCCCUAAGAACACACCUGAGGAGAAAGAAAGGCGGACAGCAGCCAUGCAGCUGGGCCUGAAAAGUGCGGUUGGUGUUCCCUUUUCACUGGCAGAAAAAGUUCAUUCUUUGUGGCCCCUUUUAAAAGAAAUGGCUCUGCAAGGAAAUAUAGCCUGCAAAUCAGAUAUACAGGUGGCAGCUAAAGCUUUAGAAGCUGGUGUGUUUGGUGCCUAUUUCAAUGUUGUCACCAACCUGAAAGAUAUAACAGAUGAAGGCUUUAAGCAAAAGCUGCAAAUGGAAAUUUCCCACUUUUUAGAGGAAGCCACGAAAAGUACUGCGUUUGUGCUACAUCAUCUGGAGAAGCGGACAAUGUGAAUGAUUCUUCAUAUCAGGAACUUCUUAUCUAUGGAUGUAUAAGAACCAGUUGUAGUAUUGCCAGGUUGUAUGUAGAUAGACAUGCAGAUAUUUUGCCGAGUGAAAUACCAGAGCAACAGUGCUUGUGAUUUCUGUUCCACAGCUGCAAAUGCAGAGUUCCAUGUGCCCCAAUUCUAGUCUUGCACAUUGCUUCCUUGGUGGCAGCGUGGGGCUUGUUGUUCUUGGUAACUCCCUUGAACCAAAGUAGCCCCACCCACACCACUAGGAUAACAGGAGGAUGCAUUAUUCUGUGACUCAAAAAAUAUUUUUGAUAACUUUCUGUGGAAUGUUUGAGAUCUAGAAGAGGGAAGGAUGCUAUAGCUCAGUUGCUUUCAACAGUGUUCAUAAUGAAGUUGUGAGGACCAGCACCAAAGUUUCCAGCCUUGGCUUCUGGUUUCCAGUUGCCUUAAUGGCACAGCUCCCACAAAAGCGGAGAUUGUUAGCGAAGAUAAACAAGUAUUAUUUGAGGGUAAUUGUCCUUGCAAACUCCCCCCCCCCGGGCCUGGGGGGAGUAAGCUUCACUCGCAGAUUGUAUUGGUACCUGGCUUUUGCUCCGACAUGGAUGUGAGAGGUAUCACUUCAUUAUAAAUCCUUUGUUACAUAACCCCCCUCCCUUCUUCACUAAAGUAAAUGAAGAAGAAAGGAGAUGGGAGUACAGAUAUAGAUUAUAAUGUUAAACAGGAUUGUGUGAGGAAAAUAUUAACGUUUGGAAUAACUAUAAAAAGGGCUUGGAGCUCUGUGGAGUUAAUUUUUUACUUGCCUCCUGAUUGAGGGGAGGAGGGACUGGAUUUUGAAGACUUGCCGGGGCUCUGGCGGGACACCAGAUCAUUCUUCUAUGAAUAAUUCUAAUUAAUUGUUUCGAAUGGAGGGGAGAAUUUGGAGGCCUGCCAGGGUUUGGGCAGGACAUUGGGUGACUCCUUGCUUGAAAUCAAAAGUGAAAUUUUGCAGCUGCAUCAGAAGAGUUGAGAACAAAGAGAGACCUCUCCAGAGUAACUUUGAGUCAACGGAGCCGUAAGGCACAAAGGAGAUCAGGAAUAACUAAUAUGGACCUAAUAUUUGAUAAAGAAUUAAAGGAACAAUUGAUGGAAAUUAAAACCUCACACAGGAAGAAGAAAGGAGAACUUCACUUGCGAAUAUACAAAUUACAGUACUAUAUGUGUUAAUGCGAAUUGAAGUUAAUUAUUGUAGCUGUGGUAUAAGGGAGUGGAUUGUAUUUGGUCUGAGUAACAGUCUGGAGGAAGAAUUAAAGGAAUAAGACCCUGAAGUGCAGCACGUGGGAAGCCACACAAAAUUACAAUUUGGCUAUGUAACUGAUUUGUAUUUGAAUUGGUAUUGCUAUUUGGUAUCAAUGUAAUAUGGCACAUACUGGGUUUUUGUAAUUGAAAAGUAAUAAAAAUUAUUUAACAAAG